AUGGCCGCCGGUGGCGAGGCCUCCUCCACCAUCGAGCUCAUCAAGCAGCACCUUUUCGGCGAUUCCCUCCCCUCCCCGCGUGCCCCUCUCGUCCUCUCCGGCGAACCUAUCUUCGAAUCAUUCCCGGAGGGCCACAGAUCCGCCCCCUCCUCCUCCUCCUCCUCCUCAUCCGGGUCCUUGGACUCCCGCCCCUCCCUGCUCAUCGCGAGGCCACGUGCGCCGAACGUCGAGUGGACCGACGCCUCCUCGGCCUCGACGGCGGGGGAUUUCAGGCACUACAGGGGGGUGAGGCAGAGGCCGUGGGGGAAGUACGCAGCGGAGAUUAGGGACCCCAAGCGGCGGGGGUCGCGGGUGUGGCUGGGGACCUACGACUCCCCCGUCGAGGCCGCACGGGCGUACGACCGUGCCGCCUUCCAGAUGAGGGGCAGCAAGGCCAUCCUCAACUUUCCCAACGAGCUGGGCAGGUCCACCGACCAGCCGGCGCCGAUAAGCGAGGGCUACCGCCAGGCGGAGACCGCCAGCCGGUGCUCCAAGAGGGAGAGGUCGCCGGAGUGCCAAGUGGAUUUGGACCAAGUUUUCCGGCCAGCCAAGAGGGAAAGGGGGGAAGACGGCUUGGCGGCGCCGCCUAGCCCACCGCUGACGCCCUCGAGCUGGAGUAGCAUCUGGGGAAGCGGCGAUCCCAUAGGGAUCUUCAGCCUGCCGCCGCUCUCCCCUCUUUCUCCGCACCCGUCGAUGGGCUUCGCCCAAGUCAUGGUGAUCUGA